AGAGUCAAGAAAGACAGCGGCGAGAAUGGAUUCUCUGUUCCAGUCGUUUGCCGGGAAGGUUAAUAUUAAGCGCGUUUGCAACUCCCGCCAUGUUUGCCAUAAGGCUUGUUUUGCUACUGUCACUGACGACAGUGUCCUUUGUGACCAGCGAGCAGGACCUCCCCGAUGACUGGAAGUCGUACAUCGACCCGGAAGUUCUGGAAACGACGCUGCAGAAAGGAGAGCAAUGGAAUGGCAAGAGUAACCUUCUGGAAGGGGAUAUUGCCGGGUUGGACAAAGCUACUGUUAAGCAGGCCGAGAACAUGUCGCAAGAUCUCACCACGGACAGCGAUGCUUUGUGGCCCAAUGGGCGUGUCGCCUUCGUUAUCAGUGGACAAUUCGAUCGCAACCAGCAACGGAUGAUCAUCCACGCCAUGCUCAACCUGACAAAAGAAACCGGCGGAAAAUGCAUACAAUUUUCCCGGCGCCGGAACGAAGACAACUAUAUUCAUUUUCAGCCGGGCAGUCAAUGCCAGUCGUUAAUUGGUCGCCGAUGGAACUCACCACAGAAAAUCGAGCUAGCUCCUGGCUGUGUGACCGAAAUGGGCACCAUACAGCACGAGAUUAUGCAUGCGCUGGGAUUCUUCCAUGAAAUGUCCAGGAACGAUCGCGAUCAGUAUAUCAACAUUAUAUGGAGCAAUAUCGAACCCGAUAACCGAGACCAGUUCGCAAAAUACCGCGGAGAUGAACAAGGUUUGCCGUACGACUACGAGAGUGUCAUGCAUUAUCCCUUCAACGCCUUCGCCCUCAACACCAACAGAGCCAGCAUUCUGCCGAAAAAGCGAGGAGCACGCAUCGGGCAGAGAAAGCGACUGUCGCGAUUAGACGUCGUCCGUAUUCGUAAAGCCUACUCCUGUGGAGACUCCUCAGGCAACCGCGACGAAAACACGCUGACAGUAGACGAAUCCGAGUCAACAGAAAAGGUAGCGGUUACAUCGCAGCCGGAACGAGUGAACCCAGGGACGACAUCCACCGAGGAGGAAACGGAUAAUCGCGCCACGGGAAACAAUGACGGAAUGGGAUUCCUUUUGCGCCUACUCGGCGGCUCAGGCUUCUCUAAUGGAUUUCCCGGACCGGGCGGUCGCCUUUCGUAUAUUGCUGGCGGAAGACGGUCGUCUGGCGGGGGACCGUUGUUUCCUGGCGGAGGACCAUCGUUUGGUGGGGGAUCGUCGUUUGGCGGGGUACCGUCGUUCGGUGGUGGCGGCUUCGGUUCUGGAUGGUGGCCCGGCCGGCGUUAGUGAUGACGCCGGGUGGUUUGAAGUUUAAACCACUGCUUAUUAUGCAUCUAUAUAAUGUUAAAUUUAGAUUUUACUUCGAUUAUCUCAUCUUGAGUCGUGAUUGAAAACUUUAGAAUCUCGAGGUGAACUGCCUCUGCAUCCAUUUUUUGCCGGUUAUCUCGCUCCUGGAGCUUUGUUUGUGCUCCAUAAUAUAACCCCGUUAGUUAAAUUUAAACAUACGGACAAACUGAAAAUAAAAACGCACAAUAAACAC